AUGAAGUUCAACAACUUUGAAGUUCUCACGACCAUCCUCUGCUCUUGGCUCUCGGGCUUCCUUCUCGGUCUCUGGCGUCUUACCCCCUACAUUACCGACCGGGAGGCUGGACUCCUUGUCGCUCUCUCUGUCGUUGUCGCCAUGGUCAUCAUCCACAAGCAUCUCAAUAAGAAUGCGGUCGUCGCCUACCUUAACCGUCAUGUGGGCGAGGUGCAAAACACGAUGCUCCUAGAUCUUCAAGAGUUCCACCGCAAGCGCGUUGCAACGCUGAAGAUCAAUCACAACCAAACCAUGCGCGAAGCUCAGGACGAGAUCCGCCGCCUUCACGCCAAGUUCGACCGCCUGAACAGCGAAUACGACUGGAUCUCGACCAUGUACCAGGAUCAAAUGCGCACCAACCAGGAGCAAGAAGACCGCAUCGCCUUUCUCGAAGUCAAGUUAAAGGAGUUUGGCCAGCUCAAGUCGUCUGCUUCUUCUGCGCCCUUCUCUGCGCCUGCCUCCCAGAUCAACUUUGCCAACCCACCCCGUCGCACCCACCGUGAGACUGGGAGAGAGUAG